UCUUGAGUGGCACUUUACACAACAGGUAUACCACCAGUAGCUUGGGUCUUCUCUGAGAAACUUGAGUAGGCACCAUCUUGGUCGUUUUCUUCAAGUUUCAAAAAAGAUGGAGACAGCAAGCCUAUUGUUGGUACCACACUAUGCUGCCCAGUGGCAGGGACCAUCCAACAUCACUGUUGUGGAUAAAGUGCCACCAAAUAUGCUCCAUCUUGUGGAUGCUCAUUGGUACCAGUUUCCUCCCCUGAACCCCCUCUGGCAUGGCAUUCUUGGCUUCAUGAUUGCUGUUCUUGGUGUUAUUUCUUGGAUUGGAAAUGGUGUAGUCAUCUAUAUAUUUUCAACAACCAAAUCUCUGAGAACACCAUCAAACCUUCUAGUGGUGAAUCUAGCUUUCUCAGAUUUUCUCAUGAUGGUUGUAAUGUCACCACCAAUGGUAUUAAACUGUUACUAUGAAACGUGGGUGCUGGGUCCUCUAAUGUGUGACAUUUAUGGGAUGUGUGGAUCACUGUUUGGUUUUGCAUCAAUAUGGACAAUGACAAUGAUAGCUCAGGACAGAUACAAUGUAAUUGUGAAGGGAUUAUCUGCUAAACCAAUGACAAUUAAAACAGCUCUCAUUAGAAUAGCACUGAUCUGGUUCUUUGCUAUUGGAUGGACUUUGGCCCCACUCUUUGGGUGGAAUAGGUAUGUACCUGAAGGAAACAUGACAGCCUGUGGAACUGAUUAUCUGACAAAAACAUGGACAAGCAGAAGCUACAUUCUCGUAUACUCUGUAUUUGUCUAUUUUACACCUCUGUUCACUAUAAUAUACUCCUAUUACUUUAUCGUACAGGCUGUAGCUGCCCACGAGAAGAAUAUGCGAGAGCAGGCCAAGAAGAUGAAUGUAGCUUCACUACGAUCAUCAGAUGCAUCAAAUACCAGUGCAGAAUGCAAACUUGCAAAGGUUGCUCUAAUGACAAUCUCCCUGUGGUUUUUUGCCUGGACACCAUACCUGGUAAUAAACUAUACUGGCAUCUUUGAGGGUGCAAACAUCAGUCCUCUGGCAACAAUCUGGGGAUCAUUAUUUGCAAAAGCCAAUGCUGUCUAUAACCCAAUUGUAUAUGGAAUAAGUCAUCCAAAGUAUCGUGCAGCUUUGAAAGAGAAACUUCCAUUCCUGAUCUGUGGGGAUGACGAGCAUGGAGAUGCUACAUCACAAGCAUCUGGAGCGACUACAGCUACAACUGUUGCUGAAAAGGCAUAAAAUAAUCUUCCAAGCAACAAAAAUUCUCAUAUAAAAUAUUCGUACUGAUCAAAAUUGCUACAAGACAACAUUGGUGCCAAAAUGAUAAAACUACUGUUAUUACCACUGAAACAUUUUGUCAACAACAAUGAACUGAUUUCACAAAAUAAUUAUCAAAAAUACAUGAGUUUUCGAAACUGAGAAACUUCUGAAAAUCUAGACUUUCACCAACUGGAAAUAACAGCCAAAGAAAAUAAAGUGCUAUGACUAGUAA